CAUAAACGCAACCUGCCGGAACAGACGAGCAACAAACCGUCCUCAAAAACUGCCGCCUUCCCAACCGUUUCGUCCCUGACUCACGGGACACCACAGCAAAAACGACCAUGACCCACCUAUCACGAUGGACGGCCCUCCGGAGGGUGGCUCUUCGGAACAAGAACAACCACCGGGGAUCGCUGGCCCCGGCAUCGUCGCUCGCAACGACGACGGCAUCCCCUUUGCCUUCGAUGCCAGCAUCGGACGCAGCGGGUUCCGCAUCGGCAUCGUUGCUCCCGAAUCACCGGUCCUUUUCUACCGGCCGGAACACGCACCCGUACCCAUUCCUCAACAGCACGAUGGCCGGAAACGCAACAACAAGUAGUGCUCGCCUGGGGGGAUUUUGGUCCGGCGACAGAAACAGACACAGCAACAGCAACGCUUUCUCUCGCUACCGGGGAGGAAGCCUCUCCUGCUUUUCGACCACCACCGGGGACGAGAAAAGCGAGGCAAUCAGCAGCGACAGCGGCCCGGAAGCCGGCGAAACCGCGGAGGCAUCCCCGUCGCCGCCCCUGCUCAAGAACCAAAAGACCAUGGAGUUUCAGGCGGAGACCAAACAGCUGCUGGACAUCGUGACGCACUCCCUCUACACCGACAAGGAGGUCUUUCUCCGAGAGCUCGUUUCGAACGCCAGCGACGCCUGCGAGAAACUCCGGCACCUGCAGAGCGCCUCCGAUUCGGCCUCGGACCUGACCUUUGUCGACAAGGAACGGCCCCUGGAGAUCCACAUCGAGCUGGACGAGGUCGAGUCCUCGCUGACGAUCCGGGACACCGGGAUCGGGAUGACGCCGGCCGACAUUGUCUCCAACCUGGGAACGAUCGCCCGCUCGGGAUCGAAGCAGUUCAUGAACCAGCUCGAGCAGGCCCGGGCCGAAUCCAGCGACGACAAUGGGGCCCUCGACGCCGCCAAGGGGAUCAUCGGGAAAUUCGGGGUCGGCUUCUACUCGGCCUUUAUGGUGGCCGACUCCGUUGCCGUCACCUCCAAGCCGGCGACCGUCACCGACGGGGAGGACCACACCGUGUCGGUGUGGACCUCGGAGGGGAUCGGGAGCUACGAGCUGGCGGAGAUCGACGACUCCGACGAGGGCGGAAACACCCAGCGAUUCGACCGGGGAACGACCGUCAAGCUCUUUCUGAAGGAGGACUACUGGGGCCUCCUGUCGGAGAGCAAGAUCAAGGACGUCCUCAACAAGUACUCGAACUUUGUUCGGUUCCCCAUCUACGUCAACGGCGACCGCGUCAACACGGUCGAGGCGGUCUGGGCCCGCGAUCCCAGGGAGGUCGACGAGGAAACCUACUCGGAAUUCUACAAGUACAUUGCCAAUGCCAUCGACGAGCCCCUCGAGACCCUUCACUUCCGGGCCGACGCCCCGCUCGAGCUCCGGGCCCUCCUCUUUGUCCCUUCCUUCCACUCGGAGAAAUACGGGAUGGAGCGGAUGGAACCGGGGGUGUCCCUCUAUUCGAGGAAGGUCCUGAUCGAGCACAAGUCGCCCGACAUUCUCCCGGACUGGAUGCGGUUCGUCAAGGGGGUCGUCGAUUCCGAGGACCUGCCCCUCAGCAUCUCCCGGGAGAAGCCACAGGACACGGCCCUGAUCGGAAAGCUCAAAAAGGCGCUCACCCGGAGGUUCUUGUCGCAGCUCGAGAAAAUGGCCAAGUGCGUUUCUUGUGUCGUGUCUUGUUGCUUUGAAAUGUGCUGAACGAACGACAGGUAGUUCAUUCCGUUUCGAUAGCGUGCCAUCUUACACUUUGCUUUGUUUGAAAUACGCUUUCUCGAUUGAAUUCUCACCUCGAUGCGUUUGUGCCUCGAAAACCUCGAACACGAACACACCAGGAAGCAGCCCGAGAAGUACGUCGAUGAAUUCUACCGCGAAUACUCUCACUUUUUGAAGGAGGGGAUCUGCCACGACUACGAAUUCCAGCCCGUGCUUUCCAAGCUGCUUCGGUUCGAGACCAACAAGAACACCACCCGCGACCUGAUCUCCCUGGAUACGUACGUGGGCAACCUCCGGCCGGAGCAAGACAAAAUCUAUUAUCUGACGGCGCCCUCCCGAGAAGCAGCCGCCAUGAGUCCCUAUCUGGAAGCCUUUGAAGCAGCAAACGUCGAGGUCAUCUUUAUAUACUCGGCGAUCGAUGACUUUGUCAUGGCCAACAUCGGAAGCUACGAGGGACGGCAGCUGGUAAGCGUCGAAAAGAGCGACAUCGACCUGAGCAAAUUCGAAAAGAAAAAGGACAGCAACGACGACAAGGCCGAUUCGGACGACGACAAGGACAAAACAUCCGACGACGAUAGCGAUUCGGAGACGAAGCUUUCGGCCACCGAGGCCAUCGACGUGUGCACGUGGAUGAAGAAGACACUCGGCGACAAAAAGAUCGUGUCGUGCCGGCCGUCCAGCCGGCUGGUCAAUUCACCCGCCAUCGUCACGGACAACGAAUCGGGCAUGAUGCGCCGCAUGAUGCGCAUGGUCGACAACUCGGACGGCCGCGACGGCAUGCCACUCCCGGCGCAAAACGUCGAGAUCAAUCCCUCCCACCCGAUCAUGGUCGGCCUCCACCAGCUCAAGGAGACCGAGCCGGUCCUUGCCCGCGUCCUGGCCGAGCAGGUCUACGACAACUGCCUGGUAGCCGCCGGGCUGAUGGACGACAGCCGAACGAUGCUCCCCCGGCUGAACGAUCUCCUGGUUUCCCUCGUGAAGGGAGCCAAGGAUUCGAAAAAGUAGCAGGGAACGCGGUGCGCACCUUUGGAUGCAUCGACGAGUGCUGCUGCAAGAAAGUGCGCGGUCGCCAUCUCUGAUUCAAGAACUACGAAAUGGUGGAGUGAUUCGUGAAAAUAUAUCGUUCGUGCACUUUUUAGACGCUGGGCCUACGGCCGCUAUAACUAGUCUAUAU